UAAGAGCAGCCCUGCCUUCUUCUUUGUUCUAACCGCUUUUUAUGUUCCUGUCGUGGUUUUUAGUGGCUAUUUUUUACUCUGAGGCGACAGUUUCAACUCCGAGUGUCACAGAAACUAGAUCUACUGAUUAAUGGUUACCAAUGUUAAUAAAAUGCUAAUUUGACUACAAGAGGAUUAAGUCUAACUCCUGACUUAUGAUGCCUGGAUGUUUCAUUCAUAUUUGGCUGUUUUUCUUUGCUGUAUUUGUGAGAGAAAUUAAAGUCAAAGAAGUGAAGACGGGCCUAUACAGUCGUGUUGAGCUCACUGGAGAGGAACUUGAUCAACAUACUGCAGAUUCUCUGAAGUCAGUGGAAUGGACCAAACGAAAGGGAUCGAUAACAUGUCUAUGUAUUACAAAAACAAAUACAUUCAAUGUUUCAUACAGUCAAUGCUGUGGAACGGCUCAUUUCUAUUUAAACAACAACACCCUCAUUCUGGAGAGAGUGACAGCAAGGGAUGAAGGAGUCUUCAUUGAAACUAUAGUUACAGGAAAUGGAACUACAAAAUGCCUAAACUUUACAUUAAUUAUUCAAUAUCCUCCAAAUGCAACAGAAAUUGUGGUCUCCUGGACCUCCAGCACAUCUGUGGCUCUCAAGUGUGAAGUGAGCGGUUUAUUCCUGCAUCUGAUGUGGAAGAGAGAAGGAGUCCCUAUUCUAGAGAAACACAGACACUCAUUCAGUGAGAGGAACCAAACUCUACACAUCAGCAACAUAACCAGCUCCGAAUACGGCACGUACAGCUGUAUUGCUUCAAAUGCAUAUGGAGAAUCAGAAAAGCACACAUAUAUUACCAGUGGAAACUCAACUGUUAACCAAGGAAAUGGCACUAGAGAUAAAACUCAGUUUGAUCAAACUGUGCUUUCAAGUGGACUUACACUCACAGGUGUUUUGGGACUGUGCAUCGUGUUCUACUGCCUUUACAAAUACUAUCACAGGCAAAGAGCAGAAAAUGGCAGAACUACAGAUGAAGGGGGUGCAGCCAAUGACCUUGGUAUUUAUCAGGAAGUACCUGACCCUGAAGAGGUGACUCCUUUACCGUACGUCUACACAGACUUCAUUAAGCCGAAAGAGAGCAGUCAGGCCUCCGCUGCAGCGCAACACUUUGAGGACUUUGGUUACUCUGAGGUAGGGCCCACAUGCUGGGAACGUGUCUCUAAUGAAGAGUCCACAGCGUGUCCUGAAGCUGGAGAGGAAUGACAACUGAAAUAAGAGACUACAAAACAUGUUGGCGUGAAAACAGCGAAUACUAACUUUACUUUCAUAUUCAUGAAUCUGGUGCAGUGCAACAGAUUUAUAAGUGAAAAAACACGUUACAUCCUGAUCAACCACUAGAGG